CUCCAAAUGGCUCCGUCAAUCUCUAGAGAGAAGUUGGCAUCACUUACCGAGAACAACGCAGACAGGAUCUUGCCCAUCAUUCGUUCAUUCGAACGUAAGGACCAAUCAGCAUGCCAAAACAUUUUUAAGGAUGGAUAUCAAGAGUUUAUAAAAAGUAUCACAGUAACAUAUCUAUCGUUGUUGGUAAGGUACAUUGUCAUGGCUGCUAUGUUUCCAAUACUUGCAGCAGUGAUUUGGUCGGCAUGGAUCUUUGCUGUGUUUGUGGUGAUGGCAUGCAUGGUUUUGGCAUUCAUCGGCAUAUAUUUACAGUUGACAGGCUGGCUCUAUAUUAAUCAUACACUGAAAUCAGGCGAUUUAAAGGAUAUUGAGGAGUCCUACAUGUCGAUUCAACAGUCGCACUUGUGGGUAGCAGAGUUGAAUGGAAGAGUUGUUGGGAUGGUGGGCCUCAUUCACGAGGAAAACUUCGAACAAGGCGUCUAUGAACUCAAGCGCAUGUACGUUGUGCCGAAUUGUAGGAAAAAGGGGAUCGCUAGAAACCUGAUUAAUGAACUAAUCUCACAUGCCAAGACAAAUAGGAUAAAAUUGGUUAUUUUAAAAACAACGUCUACGGUGGUGCCAGCGAUCCAAUUGUACAUGAAGAAUGGUUUCACAUUUUCCAGCGCUGGUUUAAAUGGCAAGUUAACCGACGUGCCUGUCAUCAACAAACGGAGUUUACCACAAGACAUACACCUUAAGUUAGACAUUUCCUCAUUAGCUGCACCUUAAAAUAUUCCUUUUAGUAUUACAUGUCUUCGCACCUUUCCAGUUUAGGUGAACAUUUCGUAAUGUCAUCCGCAAGCUUUGAGGCAGAACCUUUCUUUUCGUAUCUGUUGUGGUAAAAAGUGCACGUUUUAUGAGCCAUAGCUGGAUCCCUUUAAACGAGAAGCCUUUUAUUCACUUAUUUUAAAAUAAUCUAGAUUAAGGAAAAUACAGGAAAGCUUUUUGCAAAGCAUAAAAAAUAUGCAGCCUAAUAUGUUGUGGCGCUUAUGGUGGGUACCUGUUCGUGGAAAAUGAAAAUAUCAGCUCCAUACUCAUCCCUACACCCACAAGGAAAUUUGAUUCAGAGUGCGCGCCUAAAGGGCGUCUAUUUAAUUUACUAAUCAUUUGUUAAUACCACAGAACGAGUUGAAUCACCAAGGAGCACAUCAUUUGACGACCAAAAUGUGUUUCCAACGGUUUCCAAAACACCUGAAUAUAUUUAAUUGAAACAAUAUGUUAAUACACCUCCAAUACACUCCAUUUAACGCUCUACCACUUGAGAAAGUGUAUGAACAAGUUUUAAGGGAAAAAAGUUGCCUCGGGUUUGCAAAAUCGUAUCUGAUUUGACCAAUUUUUACAGACAUAGUGUUUUCUCUGUUGCUUUUUUUCUUUCUUUCAUCAUUGAAGA